UUUCUUUUUUCUUCCAUAUAUUUUUGUUUUAAGUGUCCCACCACAAAGGCCAUAGAAGAAGUUCCUUUUUCCCUUUUGACAUUUUUAAGCCAAUUCGAGUCUUUUCCCUUCAACCCCAUUGGCCAAGUGAAGGGCAGAAAAUUGUAGCUUUUUUUUCACACACUGAGCUUCUCACACCUAACUAAAAAAAAAAACACCAUUGGAAAUAUUGGACUGCUAUAAGUUUUCGCUCUCUACAUAUUUUUUUUAGUCCUAGUACACACACUUUCUGUUGAUUACUUUUUAGACAGCUUCAUGUAUUUUGUUUUUUCAGUAUACUACACAUACUACAUGUGUUCCCACCCUGUGUCACUCUUAGUCCCAACGUCCAUUGCUUUCCCCCGACCUUUUACCAGAGGUCAGCCCCUCCCCUUUCAGGAAGAAAGGCUGGAGCUUUAAAAUCAUAAAUCUGAAUCUGUAUUGUCAUUUUUGGACCUCGGCCCAUGCAUUUUCAUAUUGUUGAAUUUGGAGGGAAAAUGCUGGCUCGGUCUUUGAAGAAUAUAUGAACUGAUGAGAAUUUAGUUUACCUUUGCAGUGCAAAAGAUAAGAUGGUUUCUAACCUAAUCACUAUACUCCAAUAUUGUUUAUCAAACGCCCAAUGACAAGGUCUUAGUUUGCUGUCAGCACAGUUGCUGCCAGUGCGGGGUUAUUACACGUCCCAUUUGUUAUUUUAAAACCUGUGUCCAUGUUAAAGGAAGGGGGCUCCCCUGGGUUGGGUCAAAUCUGGAGAUGUGGAGUUGUCCCGCUGGUUACAGGCCAUCUUAUUUCGUGCUUGAGGGGGGUUAAGGAGUGGGGAGGAGCAUCAGGGAGUCACAAGUUCCCCUGCUCUGUCGCUCCACCCCCCGCGCGCUCGCUGAGGAUUGGUGGAGUGUGCGCGCUCAGAGCUGUCUUCCUGACCGUUUAGCUAUGCCAAUUCAAUGCUCAAGCACACCCCAGUGAUGCUUUUCAGCACACAUGCAUUAGUUUUUCUUUUGACUAUAAUAUGAAAUGAUAAUGAACACUUUCCCCAGCUGGUUAUCUAUUCUGAUAUCCGCUGCUAUGGAAUAGUGUCUCAACUGUGUGGGUGAGAGAGCUCAUUCUCAAGUGCCUUAAAAGGAGUCCAAGUGGCGUCAGGCAGACAGCUCACAAUCUGUACUCCACCACCUGCGUCAGAUGCUGGGUUAGAAAGACAGAAGCAAGCGCAGCAACAGCGAUGACUUCUUUAUUUCAGAGCUGUGGAGGCUUCUAGAAACAUACAAUAAUUACAACACAGAUUUUUCUCCCUACCCCAUUGGCCAGGAUUCAAGAAAGCAGGCCAGGAUAAAGAAAUCAAAGUUUUAAAAAUAUUUCAUGAAAAUGCUUAAAGAACGAAAGAAAAGCAAUGAUUAAUACUUCUUCCCUUUUCCUUCAAAUAUGUAAUAUUCCCAAAGAAAUGGGAUCAGUUCAUUUGGGCAAGAUCAAGCCAGUAACUGCCCUCCUUUUAGUUUGAUAAGAAAACUGAAUUGACGGACAGCCUAACUAUAUUUUGUUAAUAAACUGAACACAUCAAAGCCUUUCUUCCCUCCCAGUUACCCUCAAAGCAUUUCUUUUAUUUUCUUUGAAAUGAAACAUUCAUUGCAUGAAUGAGAACUAAGAAUAGUUUUUUUUUUAUGUUUGUUGUGAUUUGGAAGAACCAGUUUUAUUUCCAUAUAAAAAAAGAAAAAAAAAAGAAUGUAUUGUUUGAAAACUUUUACUAACGAUCUUGUUUUCUGAUUUUGUCUCUUUUGGUUUUUCCACAACUGAUAUUGUUAUUUAGAAGGUUUCAGGUGGGUGACACUAUUCCUGCGUAGGUGCCUGGCGGAAAGGAACACUAGGGCAGCCUCAGUCUUCUCCUCUUCUUCCAGCCAGCUGCGGCCACCACUCUGACAAAGUCCAAAAAUAUGGCUUGUUACCUGAAAGCCAUUGAGACUCAGCCCAACUUUGCAGUGGCUUGGAGCAACCUGGGCUGUGUGUUCAAUGCCCAGGGAGAGAUAUGGUUGGCCAUACACCAUUUUGAAAAGGCAGUGACUCUGGACCCAAAUUUCCUUGACGCAUACAUCAAUUUAGGAAACGUUUUGAAGGAAGCCCGCAUCUUUGACAGAGCUGUGGCUGGAUAUCUCAGAGCCCUGAGUCUGAGCCCAAACCAUGCUGUUGUCCAUGGAAACCUGGCCUGUGUCUACUAUGAGCAAGGCCUCAUUGACCUGGCUAUUGACACUUAUCGUCGCGCUAUCGAAUUGCAGCCCCACUUCCCCGAUGCCUACUGCAAUUUGGCAAAUGCCCUGAAGGAGAAAGGCAAUUGUCUUUCCAAGGUGUCUGAGGCAGAAGAAUGCUACAACACUGCAUUACGUUUGUGUCCAACCCACGCGGACUCCCUUAACAACUUGGCCAAUAUCAAGCGUGAGCAGGGCAACAUCGAGGAGGCAGUUCAGCUCUACAGGAAAGCACUAGAGGUGUUCCCAGAGUUUGCAGCAGCUCACUCUAACCUGGCCAGUGUCCUGCAGCAGCAGGGAAAACUCCAGGAGGCCCUCAUGCACUACAAGGAGGCCAUUAGAAUCAGCCCCACAUUUGCUGAUGCCUACUCAAACAUGGGCAAUACACUGAAGGAAAUGCAGGAUGUGCAGGGAGCGCUGCAAUGCUACACCCGCGCCAUCCAGAUUAACCCUGCCUUUGCUGAUGCUCAUAGCAAUUUGGCCUCUAUCCACAAGGAUUCUGGAAACAUCCCAGAGGCCAUUGCAUCUUACCGCACAGCCUUGAAACUCAAGCCAGACUUCCCUGACGCUUACUGCAACUUGGCACAUUGCCUGCAGAUUGUGUGUGACUGGACAGAUUAUGAUGAGCGGAUGAAGAAGCUUGUGAGCAUUGUAGCUGACCAGCUGGAUAAGAACCGCUUGCCUUCGGUGCACCCACACCACAGCAUGCUGUAUCCACUCUCUCACGGCUUCCGCAAGGCCAUUGCUGAACGCCACGGAAACCUUUGCCUGGACAAGGUACACGCACUGAUCAAAAUCAAUGCACUGCACAAACCUGCUUAUGAGCAUCCGAAGGAUCUGAAAGCCAGCGGUGGGCGUUUGCGUGUUGGUUACGUCAGUUCUGACUUUGGCAACCACCCGACAUCCCACCUGAUGCAGUCCAUUCCUGGAAUGCACAACCCUGAGAAAUUUGAGGUGUUCUGCUAUGCGCUCAGCCCUGAUGAUAGUACAAACUUCCGCGUGAAAGUGGUAGCAGAGGCUCAUCAUUUCACAGACCUCUCUCAGAUUCCUUGCAAUGGCAAGGCAGCUGAUCGUAUCCACCAGGAUGGAAUCAACAUUCUGGUCAACAUGAACGGAUACACCAAAGGAGCCCGAAAUGAGCUGUUUGCCCUCCGCCCUGCCCCCAUUCAGGCUAUGUGGCUGGGUUACCCUGGAACCAGCGGUGCACCCUUCAUGGACUACAUUAUCUCUGACAAGGAGACAUCGCCUGUUGAAGUAGCUGAGCAGUAUUCUGAGAAACUGGCUUACAUGCCAAAUACCUUCUUCAUUGGAGACCAUGCCAACAUGUUCCCACACCUCAAGAAAAAGGCAGUGAUCGAUUUCAAAUCUAAUGGACACAUCUUUGACAACCGCAUCGUUCUUAAUGGUAUUGAUCUGAAGGCCUUCUUGGACAGUCUGCCAGAUGUGAAAGUGAUAAAGAUGAAGUGUGACAACAACCAGGAAGCUGCCGGGGACACAAAUGGAGCACUGUCCAUGCCGGUAAUCCCCAUGAACACAGCAGCUGAAGCAAUCAUCAACAUGAUUAACCAAGGCCAAAUCCAAGUCACAAUCAAUGGCUUCACUGUCAGCAACGGCCUGGCCACUACACAGAUCAUUUCAGCAGAUGAGGUUGUAGUCUCUGGGACUGUGUCCUUACAGAUCAAUAACAAAGCUGCCACUGGAGAGGAGGUGCCACGCACAAUUGUUGUGACAACCCGCUCCCAGUAUGGUCUGCCAGAGGACUCUAUUGUCUACUGCAACUUCAACCAGCUCUACAAGAUUGACCCCCCAACUCUUCAGAUGUGGGCCAAUAUCCUGAAGCGUGUGCCCAACAGUGUGCUGUGGCUUCUUCGUUUCCCUGCCGUCGGCGAGCCUAACAUCCAGCAGUAUGCCCAGAACAUGGGUCUGCCUGGCUCUCGUAUCAUCUUCUCUCCUGUAGCCCCCAAGGAGGAGCAUGUGAGAAGGGGCCAGCUGGCUGAUGUGUGCCUAGACACUCCACUAUGCAACGGUCACACUACAGGCAUGGAUGUUCUCUGGGCUGGGACACCCAUGGUCACCAUGCCAGGUGAGACACUCGCCUCCCGUGUGGCUGCCUCACAACUCAACUGUCUGGGCUGCCCUGAGCUAAUAGCUCAAAGUCGCCAGGACUACGAGGACAUAGCUGUCAAACUGGGAUCUGACAUGGAAUACCUGAAGAUGGUCAGAGCACGUGUUUGGAAGCAGAGAAUCUGCAGCCCGCUUUUCAACACCAAGCAGUACACAAUGGACCUGGAGAGGCUCUAUCUGCAGAUGUGGGAGCACUAUAGCAAUGGCAACAAGCCAGAACACCUGGUCCAGACAGUGGAGACCAGUGAGAAUGCCUGAACUAAACGCACGCUCAUGUCUUUUCCCUGAUAACCCAACACCCUGCCACCCCACCAUCUUUUUUUUUUUUUUUUUACCAUUAUCCACAUCCUAUCUUGGAAUUGUCAGUUUCCACACCAUCCCUGUCCCUGAAUGAUUGUCUCCAUAUCUCUGAUUUACUAUAAUGGGACUCUUUAUUUGUGAAGGAGCCUACAGAUGUACACAGUUAUCCCCCAUCACAUUCAUCGUUGCAUCACACAUCUGCAUUUCCUGAGCCAGAUUGAGCCUGGGACUUUCAGGCAUCCCUUCUGAGACUCUUGUCCUACAACAUAGUAUAUUUGGUGAGCAUGAGAGGAUUGUGAAUGCCCUGCUUACCUCUUCAGUACUUGGAUUCGUGGAUUUUUUUUGUUUGUUUUUUCUUCACCUCCUGUCAGUGUGCAUACAGGAUUAAUCGCAGCUUGUGGAGGAAUGCCCAGCCGUCAUUACUUGUUGAUCUAUUUAUAAAUGGAUUAAGAGUGUUGUGUGUUUUUAAAAGGACAAUGUUGCACCAAGAAAAUUGUAACUCUGACUUCAGUUUCAUCGGCUUUAACAUGCAAUUAUAAAACAUAGGUUGCAACUGCUCUUUAGUUUGUCUUAAACUGUUAAAUUCCUGCAAUGAGUAGAUGUGCAAGUUUUAAGGACUACGGUCUAGAUAAAGACUUCUUCCUCUCACCAAAUGCCAAUUUAUAAUUUUUUUUUGGUCAAUCAGGAAUGUUUUCAGUAGCUGUUGUCCCGUUUGAUGUCACACUAUGCUUGUAAAGGUAAUUGGACAAAGCCGGAUAAAGGAGCUUCAAUUAAUUGGAAAGGGCCUAAAUUUAAGUUUAAAUGUUAGCGCUGUUCACAAAUUGAUCUUGUUUUUUAAUCACUCAAACCAGGAACGGCCUAGGUAAGUAUUUUCUAAGCAGUUUUUCUUUUUGUAUUGUCCGUUAACUGUAUGCUGUCAAUGAUGCCACGAGGCUCUAAAUAUAAUAAAAAAAUAAAGAGAUGGCAAAACUC